AUGGAGGAGCAGGAGGUAGGAGGAGGUGGCCCAUCCAGGUGGUCUUCYUCCCACUGCGACUGCUGCUGCAAGAGCCACAGGAGCGAGCGUGAGGGAGAGAGCGGCACUUCUUUGAACGAGCUCUCUACUUCCUGCUCCGAGACCCAAUCAGAAGCCAGCUCCCCUCAGGGCACUGUCAUCUGUGGUUCCGUCAGCCGACAGCCUCASCCCAUCGCCCAGACCCUGGAACGGCCACUGAAGAAAGGUCCCGUUCAGCUGCUCCAGCCGUCGGAGAUGAGGAGGAAGACGGACCUGCUCCGUGUGAGGACCAUGGGGAUCAGGGACCACCGGGAGGCUGCAGCCAAGAGGAAAGCCAACAAGGAGAAGUUAACACCGGAGCAGGAGCUGGAGAGGUGCAUCCAGGACUUCCACAGGAUCAGGAUUCCUGACCGCUUCCCCGAGAGAAGCCAGUCGGAGAG